AUGCCUGAAUCACCUCGAUGGUUAGUCCAAAAGUCUCAAUUAAAGGAAGCUGAAAAAGUUCUCAUCAAGAUUCGAAACACAAAUGCUGUAGAUGAGGAGAUUUACGAGAUCAAAAGCAACUGGGAAGAGAUGAAACGUUCUUAUGAAAUGGCAGGAAAUGAAAAUGUGUAUUUGAGAAUAAUAAAAACACCAUCUGUGAGACGAGCAUUACUUAUUGGCUGUGCAAUGCAUUUUUUUUCUCAAUUUUCUGGGGCAAAUACUGUCAUUUAUUACAGUGGAAUCAUCAUAAAAAUGACUGGUGUUGGAGAUGUGAGUGCUGCUAUCUGGAACUCAGCCCUUAUCAACUGUAUUAAUCUUGUAUUUUCUAUUGUUGGUGUAUGGUUAGUUGAUGUACUUGGAAGACGGACACUGGCAAUUGUUGGCCUUUUUGGUCUUGCAUUUAGUAGUAGCUGCAUUGCAACUACAUUUCUCUUUGCUUAUCUUUACUCACCAAGUGUGAAUACCACUGCAAAUAUUCAGAACAAUUCUUGUUCUGCAUACACGUAA